CCCAGUGCGGCUGACAGUAUCACUAGGGCUCAUGUCGAGAAGUGACUCAAACUUUUCGCUUUGAAACAUGGAUAUGGAUUGAAACUGAGAUAUAAUGAUAUUCAUAUUGAUUAUUCGUAGAAGAACUGUAUUAAUAGUCAAUACUCUUACAUCAAGGGGAACAACUUUUAAUUAAGAAGUACUAUUGAACAAUUUUCAAUGUGUCGAUGUUGAUGCUCUCUUUGGAUCUUGAUGCGCAACUCCCUUCUAUUUCAUCUUGGUCUCUUAUUUCUUCGACUGCUUGUUCUUCAUUUUUUGAUCAUCUCUAAGACCAGUAGCGUCGACACCGACGCAGAGGAAGACCUCACAGCGCUGGUCCGCAGGACAUGGCGUGAGCGUGCAAGGCUGGACCUGGAUGCCUAUUACCUGGAGCAGAAUAGCUAAGGCUACUCAACAAAUUCUUGAUACCUGGAGAAGGAGCAGCUACCUAAGAUUUCUCAAAAUCUUAUUUAAAGUUCGUGCAUAUAUUUUUUGCGGUUACGAUCCUUUCCUACACAUGAGGUAAGGCGUUCCUGGCGGUCUUCAUUAUAUUUAUAAUGUAAAGAAGUCCAGAAUAGUUCUAGGCGCAUGGUAUUGAUAAGUGAACAAAGAAACUAGUACCAGUUCGAGGCUUUUCCCUCGUCGACGUAGUUCUGCUCCCCCUCGUGGUCUGCAUCUAGUCUAUCUAUAUCUUUCAAUAUUCAGGAUCAGAUCAGUCGUGUCAAUCGAGAAGUGAAAGACUAUGAUUUAUUAGAUGUGAUGAAGACAUGACAAGUUGUGCAUCUACGUCAAACUCGAAGCCGCCCUGUAGAUGUCAACAAAGUACAUCAAGCUCGAGGCUCUUCUAAAUUCUGGGGACGAGUAGCCUAUUGGAGGAGAGGGGGGGCUCGCCGCGCACAACGAGUGUCCUUGAAGUGGCCAACGAGG